GUUUGCCUCGCAAGAACUUUUAGACCACGCCACAAUCUUACUCUCAUGUGCUCCAGCUUGCCGAUCCAUCUCCACAUUUCUGAUCCGCUAACGACUCGGUCACCACCAGGUUUUGUUACGCUGCUUUUUAAAAGUGUUGCCUGUGGCCAUGAUGCUUCUGGUUUCUCCUACUGUAACUGUCUUGCGACUCUUCUAAAAAUGCAGUCCCACGCAAUUUCUGCUCUAUUCCUUGCGCUCCUUACAUCUUUAGCAACGGCUACUCCGACCCCGACCCCAGAAUAUUUAACUGUCACCGCUUUGGUUGGGAAGAACGAUCGUUCUUCGUUUGAGUGUUGGGCACUGACACCGGCGUUCGUUAAAAGCAACUCUACUGGAACUGUGGGUGCAUUAUCGUAUGCCCAUCUCGGAGCGACCACUUCAAAGAGCAGCUACACGCUGUUUGCGCAACACACUGACGCUGGCCUACACAACGCUCCUGCUGCUCAAUACGUUUUCAUCAUGACUGGCAGUGGAGUGUUGUCUUUCCCAACCGAUAAUGGCACCUUCACUGGACACUAUAAAAUCUCCGCGGGCGAAAUUCUGAUUGCAGCUGAUGUAGCUGGGACCAGCGUCCAAGGACACAAUUCUGUAUGGGAGGCCGGAACUAGUGCCAUCCAAAUGCCCUUCGCGGAUGGCAUCCCUAGCCACACCGUGUUAUACGACGGUGGCUGCCGCAGACCACACAUGUAG